AUGGCUGGAUGUAUAUCUGGAGUACAAAAGAGAAUUAAGGAUAUGUAUCCUAGAGCCCAUUUUUUUCAUUGCGCUAGUCAUCGCCUUAAUUUAGUUAUCAAUGAUUUAAAUGUCUUGCCUGAAGUUAGGAAUUGUCUUACCAAAAUAAAGGACACUAUAACAUUUUUUAAAGAAAGUGCAGUUCGCAUGAAUGUAAUAAAUACCAGUAAUUGUAAAUUAACUAAACUGUGUGAAACUAGAUUUGUAGAGAAGCAUAAGAGUGUAAGACAAUUUAAUGAAAAGUUUAUUGUUAUUGUAGAAGCAAAGUAUUCUGCCAAAUUUGAAUUUAUAUCUACUAUUCUUCAGGGUGUGAUUAUUGAUUUACAAGAAGCCACAAAACGCAUUCAAGAGCUUGUACAGAUUGUAAAAAAUGACAGAUGUAACAGCGGGUGUCAAUUUAACUUAAUAUUCAAAAAAGCAGAAGAAACUGCAAUUAAAAUUUGUCUAGAGUUAAAAAUACCACGAAGAGUUAUCAGACAAACACAACGAGAUAAUUAUCCAAAGUUCAGUGAAGUAGUUAAAUCCAUCAAUAACUUAUAUGGGCCCCUUCUUGAUAAUUUUGAAGAAGAAGCAAUAACUUGGUUGAGCAGUUUGGCACUAAUUCACAUUCCCAAAAAUAGAUUUGACGAUACAUUAUUUUUUGAAAAUCACAAAACUGAUGUUAUGAAUCAUUUUGAACUAAAUGUCAGACGUUUAUCAUUACUAUUUGAUUCAUAA